UCACUGUAGCACAAGCAUGAUCAUCUAAAUACUACGGAGUAAAUAUAUAUCCCCUCAUAUAUAUCUCCUCCUCAGCUUCCCUUCAAGCUCAGAGAACAGAAAACCUGGAAAUGCAGGGGCCUUCAGAAGAAGGUUUUUUACUUGAAGAGACCAAACCCAAUGUUGGUGGGGGCAAGGCCACAACUGCUGACACUGUUGAGCAGAUGCAGUACCUCCAUGUCUAUGUUGUGAAAGCUACAGAUUUACCUGCUAAGGAUAUUACUGGAGCUAUUGAUCCUUAUGUUGAAAUUAGGCUGGCGAGCUGUAACGCUAUAACCCAACACUUUGAAAAGAAUAGCAAUCCAGUGUGGAAUCAGGUAUUUUUGUUCUCCAAGGAUCACAUUCAGAGUUGUUCUGUGCUAGAUGUGACUGUGAAAGAUAAGGAUUUUUUUGAGGAUGAUUUUGUUGGCCGGGUUUCAUUUGAUUUGAGUGAGAUCCCAUUCAGUAUCCCUCGGGAUGUUUCACUUGCACCGCGAUGGUAUAGAUUGAAGGGCAGGAUGGGGGAUAGGGUUGAAGGGGAGUUGAUGUUGGCUGUUUGGAUGGGUGAUCAAGCCAAUGACACAUUCCCUGAGGCGUCAAAUUCACACCCUCGAGCUGUUAAUGUUGCUGAUGACUUUGUAAAUACAAGGUCCAAGGUGUACUUCUCGCCCAGGCUUUGGUACUUGAGAGUGAAAGUGAUUGAGGCUCUGGACUUGUUGCCAAAUGAUACGAGCAGGUCCCUAGAAGUUUCUGUUAAGGCAAUUGUGGGAUAUCAGGUUUUGAGGACCAGAGUUUCUGCAAAUAAAUCUAUGAAUCCAAUGUGGAAUGAGGAUCUAAUGUUUGUAGUUGCAGAGCCAUUUGAGGAGGCUCUCAUUUUGAGUGUGGAAGACAAGGAUGAGGUUCUGGGAAGGUGUGCUAUUCCUUUACAGUACGUGGACAAAAGGUUGGAUUAUAGGCCAGCGGUGAAGCCCAGGUGGUAUAAUCUUGAGAACCAUGUACCCGAUGAGAGGGAAAUGAAGGAAAUUCAAAUUUCCGGCAGGAUUCUCGUGGGAAUAUGCCUGGAAGGAGGUUAUCAUGUUCUUGAUGAACCAACAGAUUAUAGCAGUGAUCUUAGACCAUCCGCGAAGCAGUUAUGGAAAUCUAAUAUUGGCGUUCUGGAAUUGGGUAUUCUUAGUGCCCGGAACCUUUUACCUAUGAAGAAACGCAGGACAUCUGCAACUACAGAUGCUUAUUGUGUUGCUAAAUAUGGCGAGAAGUGGGUAAGAACAAGGACAGUAACAGAUAGCUUUGCUCCCGAGUGGAAUGAACAAUAUACUUGGGAGGUGUUUGAUCCUAACACAGUUAUCACUAUUGGUGUGUUUGAUAACUGUAAUCUGCAGACUCCACAGGUUGGAUAUGGAUAUAGAUCUGCUUUGGCAAAGGACUCAAAAAUUGGAAAGAUCAGGAUUCGCCUUUCCACUCUGGAGACAGAUCGUGUUUAUUCACAUUCUUACCCACUUCUGGUUUUGCUUGCCAGUGGAGUGAAGAAGAUGGGUGACAUUCAUUUGACUGUUAGGUUUACUUGCUCGUCCUUGCUUAAUAUGAUGCGUAUGUACUCACAACCCUUGUUGCCCAAAAUGCAUCAUCUUCAACCCAUAACUGUUAAUCAGAUUGACAGCUUGAGGCACCAGGCCACUCAGGUUGUAUCAAUGAGCUUGAGUCGAGCUGAGCCACCCGUGAGGAAAGAGGUGGUGGAGUAUAUGCUGGAUGUUGGGUCCAGUAUGUGGAGUAUUAGGAAAAGCAAGGCUAACUUUUUUAGGAUUAUGAGUGUUUUGGGUGAGCUGAUAUCGAUAUUGAGAUGGUUUGAUGGAAUAUGCCACUGGAAAAACCCAAUUACAACUGUUCUGAUACAUAUCCUGUUCUUGAUUCUGGUAGUAUAUCCGCGAAGUAUCCUGGCUGUUAUUUUCCUGUUUAUCCCUUCGCGUAUUGCCUACCUCUACAGAUGGAGGCUAAGGUAUCCUCCUUUCGUUGACAUUCGCCUAUCUUGUGCUGAUGAUGUUCAUCCUGAUGAGCUCGACGAGGAAUUUGAUACCUUUCCAACUUCACGGCCUGCUGAUAUAGUGAGGAUGAGGUAUGACCGUCUGAGAAGCAUAGCAGGAAGGCUUCUAAUGGUAGCUGGCGAUCUAGCAACUCAAGGAGAAAGGGUGGUAGCGUUGAUGAGCUGGAGAGACCCAAGAGCUACGGCGCUGUUUUUGAUUUUGUAUUCAGUUGCUGGGAUUGUCCUGUAUUUCACACCCUUUCAAGUGGUGGCCAUCCUGACUGGAUUGUUUGUGUUGAGACAUCCGAUUUUUCGCCCCAAGCUUCCCUCUGCACCUGUUAAUUUCUUCAGAAGAUUGCCAUCCAAGACAGACAUGUUGUUGUGAGGAAUGCAUGCUUUAAUUUAAGACUGGGGUGGACCAUUUAGCAUUCUCUUAGUCUCUUCAGUCACCAAUGAAUAUGUAGAGACAUAUGAGGCUUUUGAUUCUUUGGUUAUAAAAAGUCAAUAAAAAAUACUCAUUUUAGUCAAA